AUGAAUGAUAAAGAUAGUUUUUCAAAUGUUCAACGACUUAAUAGUACUAUUAUGGCAAAAUAUGAAUGGACAUCAUCUCGAAUAGGUAUGCAAAAAAGUGGUGAAGAAGUACAUGAUCGUCGUAUGAAAACAUAUCGACAAGCAAAUGAAUUUUUACAAGAACUUCUUCAAAAAAGAAAUAAUGAUUGUUCAUUCGAUGAUAAUGGUACAAUUGAUCGAUAUCAUAAAUUUCUUAAAUAUAAAACAAAUUUUAAUAAUGAUGAUAGUAUAUUAGAUGAAUUCGAUCAACGAUUACGUGCUUUAAAUAAUAAUAAUAAUAAUAAUAAUCGACGAAAUCAAACAUCAAAAAUUUAUCAAUCUAAUAAUAAUGAUUCGAUUACAAUUGGUUUACAAACAACAAGUGAAAUUGAAAAUAAUACCAAAGAAUUAAUCCAACAUUUAAAUGGUCAAAAACGAUCAAAUUCUUCAAUGAUGACAUCAUCAUUGAAUACAAUAAAUUUUAGUACGUUAUCAAAAAUAUCUUUUGAUGAAAGUCAAACAAAUAUUAGUUUAAGUACUGAUGAACAUCAAUCAUCAUCAUCAUCAUCAUCAUCAUUAUUAUUAAAUCAUUCAAUAAUAAAAACUUUAUAUAAACCAAUAGCUCGACGUAUUGAUGGUAAUGAAAUAGAAGUUAUUUCAACGGAAAAUUCAUUACAAUAUAUACCUUCAAAUGUUUUCCUUUAUAAUCAUUGUUAUUUUCCACGUUCAUUAUUAUCACGUGAACAAAUUAAUACAAAUAAAAUAAUAAAAAGACAAUUACCUUUUCCUCCUAUUGUUGAACAAUAUGAUAAAAAUCAAGUACUUGCUUUACUUGAUCAAUUAGAUAAUGAAUGUUCUUCUCAUGAUUUUACAAUCAUGCUUGAUCAAUUAACUUUAUCAUCUGUUCAAAUACAACAAAUAGAUAAUAAUAUAUCAUUGCUUAGUGAUAAUGAAUAUAAUGAUAAGGAAAAUAUUUUUAUUAUACCAAAUCUAUUUAAUCAAUCAUUACCUAAUUAUUAUACAAUAUCAACUUUUAAUAUAGAUGAUCCAAGAAAAAUUAUUCUUUAUACAAUGACAAUAAGUAUAGUGCAAUUAAAUCCAUCUUGUUUAAUUCCAUAUUCAAUUCUUAAUGGUCGACGACCUUUAUUACAAUGUUCAAUUCAAACAAAUUUUAAACAAGUUCGUUCUAAACGAGAAAAAUAUAUUUGUCAAGUAACAGCUAUUGAAUCAUUAACAGAUAUAAAAUAUCUUCAAGAAAAUGAUAUUAUAUUAAAAAUAAAUAAUCAAUCUGUAUAUGAUUUAAAUAUCAAUGAUAUUAGAAAUAUAUUACAACAACAUAGCAAAACAUCAAAUUAUUGUUUAUUAACAAUAGCUCGACUCUGGCAACCACUCAUUUAA